CCACCGCCGGAGCCGCGCGGAGAGCAGGCAGGCGGAAGCUCCGCGUACCCACCAACUACUCAGGCGAGGGCGCGCGGUGUCAUGGCCGCCGACAGUGGCGAUGGCGCAGCCUCAGCCCCAGCGGCUCCUGACGCCUCAGGCGGUGUCAGCAAAAGCACAAAAUCUGAGGAGAAGCUUGCAGUCCAGGUGCCCGUGGUGGAUGUGCAGAGUGACAACUUCAAGGAGAUGUGGCCAUCCCUCCUGUUGGCCAUAAAGACUGCAAGCUUCGUGGCUGUGGACACGGAACUGAGUGGGCUUGGGGACAGGAAGAGUUUGCUGAACCAGUGCAUCGAGGAACGUUACAAGUCCGUGUGUCAUGCAGCCAGGACCCGUUCUGUUCUCUCCCUGGGCCUUGCCUGUUUCAAGCAGCAGCCAGACAAGGGUGAACACUCCUACCUGGCUCAGGUGUUCAAUCUGACCCUGCUGUGCAUGGAAGAGUAUGUGAUAGAGCCAAAGUCUGUGCAGUUCUUGGUACAGCAUGGCUUCAACUUCAACCGGCAGUACGCUCAGGGUAUCCCGUACCACAAAGGCAAUGACAAGGGUGAUGAGAGUCAGAGCCAGUCAGUGAGGACACUGUUCCUGGAGCUAAUCCGGGCCCGCCGGCCCCUGGUACUACACAACGGUCUCAUAGACUUGGUGUUCCUGUACCAGAACUUCUAUGCACACCUGCCCGAGAGCUUGGGAACCUUCACUGCCGACCUGUGUGAAAUGUUCCCAGCCGGCAUUUAUGACACCAAAUAUGCUGCUGAGUUUCAUGCGCGCUUCGUGGCCUCCUACCUAGAAUAUGUUUUCCGGAAAUGUGAGCGGGAGAAUGGGAAGCAGCAGGCAGCUGGCAGCCCACACCUGACCCUGGAGUUCUGCAACUAUCCUUCCAGCAUGAGGGCCCAUAUCGACUACCGUUGCUGCAUGCCCCCUGCAACCCAUCGCCCUCAUUCCACCAGCGUCUGUGACAACUUUUCGGCCUAUGGUUGGUGCCCCCUGGGGCCACAGUGUCCUCGGUCUCAUGAUAUUGAUCUUAUCAUUGACACCGAUGAGGCUGUGGUGGAGGACAAGCGGCGACGGCGGCGACGUAGGGAGAAACGGCGGAGGGCUUUGUUGGGCCUGCCUGGGAAACAGACCUCUGAGGAAACUGAGGAUUGUCCUCCAGUGAAGCAGGUCUGUGGCGAUGGCCUCAAGGCUGAAGAAAUGGAGCAAGAGGUAGCUGAGGAUGAGACUAGGACCCAGCCUGGCUUGGAGCAAGGUCACAAAAAUGACUUGGAGCUGGACCUUAAAACAGCAGGGCCAGAAACAGCUGAUACAGCUGCCCCAGAAGCGCCAGGGAGUCAAGCCGGUCCUCACCCUGUGCCUGGGGAUGGACUGCAUCGGGCUGGUUUUGAUGCCUUUAUGACAGGUUACGUGAUGGCCUAUGUGGCAGUGAGCCAAGGACCCCAGCUCUGUAGCUCUGAACCCUGGUUACCUGAAUGCCACAACAAGGUAUACCUGAGUGGCAAAGCUGUACCCCUCACAGUGGCCAAGAGCCAGUUCUCCCGAUCCUCCAAAGCCCACAACCAGAAGAUGAAGCUGGCUUGGGGCAGCAGCUGACCCAACUUCCACCUAGCACUCAAGGCCCAGGAAGAGAACAGAGUGGAACAGAGGUGUCUGGGUUCCUCUAACCUGUAAAUGUUCUACUCCCACCUUCUACAGAGCUGGGGGUUUGGGGUUGGUCUUGGCCUGGACCACCACCUUUACUCUAGAGGGUAAGGAACAAGGGUACAAGUAAGGAGGCUGACCAGCACCUGUAACACAGACUUUAUUUAUUUUUAAAUCUGAAAGUGUCUUGGGAAAAAGUAUUACCAAAAAAACAACAGAAACAAGUUAUGAAAAUAUU